GAGACCAAUUCCGCUUCGAUGAGAGCGGGGAUAACUUUUAUUGCUUUAUGGUCGCUUCGUAUACGGUCAUAUUGCUUCCUUUUACCUACUUUUUUUGGCCCUCAGGUGAAACUAAAGGUUCUCUUUCCUAUUAUGUUACCAUUGAUGUAGAUGUCUCUGAACAAAAUAGAAGAAAAUGCCUUUGUCAGGCGUGCCAGGUAAAAAGACACGUGAUUAGAUCUCAGAAUCCGGGCAAAAAACUUAAAAGGCUUUUUCUGAAAUUCCUUUUUAUUUUUGCUUGGGCCUUAUUUGCCUAUUUAUUAUAUCAACUUUCCAAGUUGGAAUCCUCAUGCCCUGCGUUUGACCCAUUUUCUGAGCUCGAGAUAGAUAAAAGUGCUUCUUUAUCUGAAAUCCGAAAAGCCUACAAAUCGUUAUCUCUCAAGUACCACCCUGAUAAAAGUGGCGACGAGAGGAAGUUUAUUCAAAUAUCAAGAGCAUAUGCUGCGUAUGUGAUUUUCGCAUAUGUAUUGUUGUUUAUGUUCCUCCUUCCAAUUGGUGUGGUAUUCAUGCAUCAAAUAUGGGGGAUAAUUGUUGUAGCUGAGUUGCUAUUCCGAGUUACUAAGAAUUAUAUUCCUAGGAGGAAAAUGCUAGCAGUUACUAUUUCGCCGACUACUAUUUAUCCACAGCUUGUUACAUUACUUUUAUAA